AUGGGACAUUUGAGCAUUUAUGGACUCUCAAAAAAUGUGUACAAUGGUGCAGAUGGUGAUGUAAUAGAAUCACUGUUGCACAAGUUGUUGAUAUCUUAUGUUGACCCCAUUGAAAAAGAAAAUGGCAUUCUGUGGGAUGGACAUAAAGCAAGUAAUGAAUGGGUCCAAAAGUGCAAGGUGAUUGUAAAGAAUAUGGAACCUUUAUGGUAUAAUCAAGGCAAGAAAGAAAAAUGUAAAAGGGCAUAG